GUAACACACACCUGGACAACAGCACUCACACUACAGAUGUGCAGACAGACGCCACCUACAACCUCUGGCUGGGCCUGACUCUGGCCCUGCUGUCGGCCUUCCUGAUUGGUGGGAGCGUCAUUCUAAAGAAGAAAGCUCUCCUCCGAUUGGCUAGCACCGGACACACCAGAGCAGGUGACGGAGGUCACGGCUACCUGAAGGAUUGGCUGUGGUGGGGAGGACUGGUAACCAUGGCAGCUGGAGAGGUCUGUAACUUCACCGCCUACAUGUUUGCUCCGGCCACGCUGGUGACGCCGCUGGGCGCUCUGAGCGUCCUCAUCAGUGCCGUUCUGUCCUCCUACCUGUUGGGGGAGGUGUUGAACGUGGUGGGGAAGCUCGGCUGUCUGCUCUGUGUACUGGGAAGCAUCUUGCUGGUUAUCCACGCUCCACAGGAACAGGAAGUGACAUCACUACAGGACAUGACCAACAAGCUGCUGGAGCCUGGUUUCCUGGUGUACUCGGCGGUGGUGUUGCUGCUGUGUUUGGUGCUCGUGUUCUUCUUCUCUCCUCGGGUCGGUCGCUCCAACAUCUUCGUCUACAUCAGCAUCUGCUCGCUGCUCGGAGCCUUCACCGUCUCGUCCGUGAAGGGCCUCGCCAUCGUCAUCAACACCGUGUAUUAUGAUGUUUCAGUGCUCGCUCGUCCUCUCACCUGGAUCCUGCUGGUCACUCUCAUCGUCUCCAUGGUAACACAGGUGAACUACCUGAACAAGUCUCUGGACACCUUCAGCACCCUGCUGGUCUACCCCGUCUACUACGUCCUCUUCACCUCCGUGGUCCUCUCCACCUCCAUCAUCCUCUUCCAGGAGUGGAGCAGCAUGGCGGCCGUGGACGUGGUCACGACGCUGGGAGCCUUCCUGGUCAUCGUGGUGGGCGUCGCCAUGCUCCACCUCUUCAGAGAGCUAAAGGUGACCAUGAAGCAGCUGACCAAUCAGCUGUCUCAGCCGGUGGAGAGGGAGGGGCUGGCAGAGGAGGUGUCAGCCAAUGGAAGAGCAGCAGCAGGAGGAAGAGGAGGAGGAGGAGAAGGAGGAGGAGGAGGAGGGAAUAAAAAAGAGGAUAAAUACGGUCUGAUGGACAACAUGGUGAUAGAGAGUCUUCCUCCAAUGAGAGAGGAAGGGCCCAGAGUCUUCAUCAUCAGCUGAACCACAGAAGAAGAAGAACGGAGACACAGGUUAGGGUUUCCUGUCUGGUCUGGUCAGACUGGUCAGACUGGUCAGUCUGGUCAGACUGGUCUGACGGGUCAGACUCAGACUGGUCAUACUGGUCAGUCUGGUAAGACUGGUCAGACUGGUCAGUCUGGUCAGACUGGUCAGACUGGUCAGACUGGUCAGUCUGGUCAGACUCAUACUGGUCAUACUGGUCAGACUGGUCAGACUGGUCAGACGGGUGAAGGAGGUUAUAUAACCCUUUCUUAUUUCCAGAGCACAUUUUUCACUUAAAUUAUCAUUUCAAAACCUUUAAAAUGUAUCUUGUGACUUUCCAUGCUUCAAAUGUAAAAUGUAAAAUGUUUCUAUAGUAACUGGAACUUUUCUAAUGAAAUACCUUUUUUUAAUAAUAAUAAUAAUAAUACCUUUUAAGUUUGUCAAACUAGAGACCCUAAAGUCAAAGAGUUUUGUUUUAUUGACUCUCUGUGGUGCCAGGAAAUGAGAGCAGAGUUAGACCUCUUCUUCUUCUGUCAGAUUGUUGCUGUACUUCCUGUCUGCUGUACUUCCUGUCUACUGUACUUCCUGUCUGCUGUACUUCCUGUCUACUGUACUUCCUGUCUACUGUACUUCCUGUCUGCUAUACUUCCUGUCUGCUGUACUUCCUGUCUACUGUACUUCCUUUCUACUGUACUUCCUGUCUGCUGUACUUCCUGUCUACUGUACUUCCUGUCUGCUGUACUUCCUGUCUGCUGUACUUCCUGUCUACUGUACUUCCUGUCUGCUGUACUUCCUGUCUACUGUACUUCCUGUCUGCUAUACUUCCUGUCUGCUGUACUUCCUGUCUGCUGACGGCGGUUUAGAGUUUAUGAAGCAGCCACAACACACAAACUGACCAUCAUUCAGUGUUUACUACAACUCCAACUUUAAGCAGAUAUAUAUAUACACAGUUUAUAUAUAUACAUAUAUAUAUAUAUAUGUAUAUAUAUACAGUAUAUAUAAAAGCCGCGUCAUGAUUCCUGCAGCCACUAGAGGUCGACGUGAUCAACCAUGUGAAUAGAUGAUAACAGCCUUCUGAACCUACUAGUAGGAUUAGCAGGCCCCUUCUGACCCAUAUCUCUGAGGCUGAUAACAACCAUUCAAUCAGCUGAUAUCAUUCAAAGCUUCGUAUGAAGAGUAUGUUCGUUACGCCAAAUAAAUCCUUUUACUGAUGAACUACAAGGUUUACCAUCAAUACUGAAGCUAUAAACAACCCACAAUGCAACACUCUCAGGACUCUCUGCAUUCAGUAUGAUGCUAUAUAUAUAUAUAUAUAUAUAUGAGAAAUUGUCUCCAGCUCUUUCAUACGUAAUCUCCUGAUAAAGGAUUGUCUCAUAUUAUAUUAACACAAAAUCAUCUUAAUCUGUUUUAGUUGGCAGAAAACAAGAAUGUCCCCUUAUAUAUACAUACA